AUGACCUCCGCUUCCUCAAGUAGUGCCCGUUCCCUUUUCGCUGAAUCAAAGCAGAGACUUGCAGAGAGAGUUCAAGUUAACAUGAAUAAUAUAGCUUCCUUGGCACGGCAGAUCCAAAGGGGUUCAAAAUCAAAUGAGCUUCUGAUGAAGGCAGCAAGGGAUACAGCAUGCACAGAACCUUUAAUGGAGAGUACUGAGCAGAAUUUAAAGAAAAUGCAACUAAUAUCUGUACACAUUGGCUACCAAUUAGAAAGUAUACAGAAAUCAGCAGAGUUAAUAAAUGAAAUCAAUGAUCAUGUUGCUGGGUUGCAUAGAUAA